GAGAACUUCCCUUAGCGCGUUUCCUGACUAACUGCUACAGGAGCUGGUGAAGACGGGGAUAAAGAAACGACCACACAUAAAGGAUGUCUUCAAGUGAAGAGGGUUAUGUGGUCCGGAUCAGAGGACUUCCCUGGAACUGCACACAGGAAGAACUGGCCAAUUUCUUCUCUGACUGUGACAUCGUGGGGAAUGUAGAUGGAGUGUGUUUGACCUAUUCUAAAGAUGGCCGUUCCACCGGUGAGGCAUUUAUAGAGCUGAAAACAUCAGAAGAUUACAAGAAUGCCCUUGCCAAGGAUCGUAAUUACAUGGGGCACAGAUACAUAGAAGUGUUUAAGUCAAAACAAAGUGAAAUGGACUGGGUGCUGAAACGUAGCGGUCCUUCUGACAGCUGCAAUGGCUGCGUGGUGAAAUUAAGAGGACUGCCCUUUGGCUGUAGCAAAGAGGAAAUCGUCCAGUUCUUUUCAGGGUUGAGAAUCGUGCCAAAUGGGAUAACUCUGCCAAUGGACUACCAGGGGAGGAGCACAGGGGAAGCCUUCGUGCAGUUUGCCUCAAAGGAGAUAGCAGAAAAGGCUCUGGGGAAACACAAGGAAAAAAUAGGGCACAGGUACAUAGAAAUCUUUAAGAGCAGUCGCUGGGAGGUCAAUGGCCAACAGGAAGAUGUUCCCCGGCGGGGAAUGGGAGGCCAGAGACCAGGGCCUUAUGACAGACCUAUAAUGUCAGGCCCAAAGAGUGGGCUUUAUGGGACCAGUCGCAGUGGGUCUCUGAUGGACAACAUGAGGGGUGCAAGUGGUUAUGGAGGAGGUUACAGUAGCUUUGACAACUACAAUGGUUUCAGCAACUACUGUUAUGGUAGCAGCAUGUUUGAUGAGCGAAUGAGAGGAGAGCGGGGAAUGAGAGGAAUUGGAGGCCAUGGUUAUGGUGGACAGUCUGAUGGUGGCUCAUGUUAUUACAGUGGCCAUUUGGUGCAUAUGAGGGGCUUACCGUUUCGUGCCUCUGAAGGAGAUAUUGCAAAAUUCUUUGCUCCUUUGAAUCCACUGAGAAUUCACAUCGACGUGGCGCCUAAUGGCAAACCAAGUGGAGAGGCAGAUGUGGAGUUUCGCUCCCAUGAAGAUGCUGUGGAAGCCAUGUCUAAAGACAAAAACCACAUGCAGCAUCGUUAUAUUGAGCUCUUCUUGAACUCAACAUCCAGGGGAUUGUCUGAAAUGAGUCGUGGCAGUUACUACGGUAACUCAGGAGGCGGCGGAGGCUCACGAAGCAGCGGGCUACGAGGACUGUACUGAUGCUGUCACUGAUCCAUCCUGGCUUUUGUUUGCAUUUGUUAAAACCACAUUUAAUCAACUAGCAUUUCCCUAAGGAGGAAAGCUGAUGGGAAGUCCCUUAUUUAUGCGACAAAUUUAUUUAGUGCAGUACCGAAGUACAACUUUACAGACGUCUCCAAUCAGCAGCACUAUUUUCCACAUCAUACCGAAACCAAAUGAAGAACAAAGCAGCUUCUCACUGUUAAUUUGUAGAAACUGUAAUGUGUGUUGGACCAUGCAGGACAUCUUUUUCCCAAUUUUUUGUGACAAUUGGCUAUUGUUUUUACGGUAUUAACACAAUUAUAAAAAGAUGUUGCAGUUUGCAAUGAAAGGGUGCAUUUUCUUGUAAUAAGAAAUCAAACAUUUUUAGUGUUCUAAAUUGACUCAGUUCAGAAAGUUUUCAAUGCAAAAAGCUGAACCAAACUUUGUUUAGAGACUAAUUGCUGUGGCGUUCGUUUAAUGGAAGUUAGCUGGUACUGCAGCAUAGUCACGUGGAAUGUGAUCGCUCAUAAUGUAACUUGUAUAUGUGAGGGAUAAUUACAAACCUUUCUUUACAUAGGAUUGUUUUAAGUCUGGCUUUGUUUAUUCUAGUUUUACUUUUUUUCUUUGUAAGACCAUCUUGACA